AUGGAAGUUGAUGGAGCAGAUGAUGUUGGCCCUAGCUGGGAAGACAUGGUUUUGGAUGCCUAUGGCGAGGACAACAGGUCGGAAAAUUUGGAGAUUGUUCCGAUUGAAGGGGAGCGUACAGAUGAGCGGACAGGUGAAACAAUUAGAGAAUUGCGCACACUAAGUGGAGGCGUUGAUGAGAAGGGUCAUCAGCGCACGCACAUGCUACAAGACAUUUGCGAUCGUUCAAAUGCAAUUGUACCGCGUGAGGAGCAGUACAACCAGGAGGACAGACUUGAGGUAUACACUGGGUCGAGUAAAAGACGAUUAAGUGACGAUUCGUACCCUCGUUUGCUUGAAAGUGAUAAUUCUGGACAUGGUCGUGGAAAUUUACUACUCUUGACAGAUGGACCUGUAGCGGAUAAUGAGGAUGAUGCUGACGUAGUCGAGCCUGAAGCUAAACGUCAAUGUAUGGACGAUUACGAAAUUUCGCUUUCUGCCACUGUUGUACCCACGACUUAA